CAGCCUUCGGCGCAAGCGCGUUGCGGGGUGUCAGCGAGGCAAGAUGGCGGCGCUCGGAGCGGGUCUCUUGACCCGAGCGCUUUCUAAAGGAAAAACAGCAGGAUUCUCUACAAACAUAAUUGGAGCAAGAACAGCCUCUGGUGUUUCUAAAGACAUUUUGCCCGGCCCGUACCCCAAAACCCCAGAGGAGAUGGCGGCUGCAGCCAAGAAAUACAACAUGACACUGGAAGAUUACCGUCCCCAUCCUGAUGAUGGCAGUGGAUAUGGUGACUACCCCAUGCUGCCGGACAGAUCACAGCAAGAGAGAGACCCGUGGUAUCAGUGGGACCAUCCAGAUCUGAGAAGGAACUGGGGAGAACCUAUGCAUUGGAACUUUGACAUGUACAUCAGGAACAGGGUGGACACAUCUCCAAGUCCUGUGGACUGGAGGACCAUGUGCAAACAUCUGUUUGGUUUCUUCGGGUUUAUGAUGCUGAUGUUCGGCCUGGGCGAAGUGUUUCCUGCCUACCAUCCUGUGGCACCCAAGCAGUAUCCCUACAAUGACCUGUAUCUGGAGAGAGGUGGAGACCCUGAUAAAGAGCCAGAAUCCGUCAAACAUUAUGAAAUCUAAUGCUAUAUACCUCUCUGUUCUGUAACUUCUGUAUAUUUUUCUCUGUCUAAUAAAGUUAUUAAACCUUGUGA